UCUCUUUUCUCCUCAUACCUGGUCACCCCCAAGGAGCUCAGUGACGCCCUGAAAAAGAACCCUCCGAGCAAGAUUUCCACUUCACCCCGGGUCAUUCCGUUAUGUGCAGCUUGGUUCAUGCCCAACGAUCCAGAGAAACGUACUGGAAUUGAAUCCUUCCGCCAGUCGCAUAUCCCCUCGGCCCGAUUCUUCGAUUUGGACGCAGUUAAAGACCAUGAUUCACCGUACCCUCAUAUGCUACCCACGGCCGAAACAUUCGCCGAGGCGAUGAGUGAACUUGGAAUUCGUCGAGAUGAUGAAGUUGUGGUCUAUGAUACAGCGGAGCUGGGAAUUUUCAGCGCUCCACGUGUCGGCUGGACCCUCCGAGUAUUCGGUCACCCCAAUGUGCACAUCUUGAACAAUUACCGUCUUUGGAAGCGUGAGGGCUACCCUACAGAGACUGGUGAGCCUGCUUCAUUCGAGAAAACGAAGUAUCCGGUCCCCAACUACGACUCCAAGCUAGUGAUCUCCUUCCGUGAGAUGAAAGAGUUGGCAUUGGACUAUGGCAAGGAGGGCGCGGAAGAAAUUGAGGUUUUGGAUGCCCGCUCAUACAACCGCUGGGCUGGAAUCGACCCUGAGCCGCGCCCCGAGCUCUCCUCCGGCCACAUUCCAGGCUCCAAGAGUCUGAACUUCUCUGAACUACUUGACCCUGAGACUAAGACCUACUUGCCCCCGGCUGAGCUUCGCAAGGUCUUUGAAGACCGCCAAGUGAAUCCUUCACGGUCGAUUAUCAGCAGCUGUGGUAGUGGUGUCACCGCUGCAAUUAUUGAAACUGCCCUUCAAGAGGCCGAGUACGGAGACCCAAACCUGCGUCGAGUUUAUGAUGGCAGUUGGACCGAAUGGGCCCAGCGCGUCAAGCCCACGGACGGACUUAUCAGGAAGUUGAAGCAGUAG